CAUUGUGUAUCCGCCCAUCCCUGCUUGUUGUGAAGCAAGGCAAGAUGGCGGCGCCGCUGGAAGUGGUCGUGAGCAGCGACUCCAACUCGCAGCUGUGGAACAGCACCGUGUUCGACGUCCACAGCGGCUCCAGCCUGCUGUCCUACCGCGGGGGGAACAGCUCGGCCCGGACGUUGUGUGUGUUGAACGGGGAGUACUUGCUGUCCGCCCAGCUGGGCAAGAACUUCAUCAACGUGUGGGAGAUUCAGAGGAAGGACCAGAUGCAACAGAAGAUCGUGUGUCCAGGUGUGGUCACCUGUGUCAGCGCCUCCGCGGAUGGACUCUUUUUGGCCGCCGGAGUCGCCGAAGCGGUCUACUUGUGGGAGGUGUCCACAGGCAAGCUGCUGUCCGUCGUCAACCGCCACUAUCAGGACGUCACCUGUCUCAAGUUCACGGACGAGAGCAGCCAUUUUGUGUCUGGAGGAAAGGACAGUGUUGUUCUGGUGUGGAGUCUCAGCAGCGUGAUCCAGGUGGACUUAAGCCACUCCCCCGAGCCUCGCCACGUCCUGUCUCGACACUCUCUGCCAAUCACAGACCUCCACUGUGGCAUGAUGGGAGCUCAGGCCCGAGUCGCCACGGCGUCUUUGGACCAGACCGUCAAGCUGUGGGAGGUGUCUUCAGGCGAGCUGCUCCUCUCCGUCCUCUUUGACGUGGAAGUCAUGUCCGUGACCCUUGACCCGUGCGAGUACUUCCUGUUCUGUGGCGGCAGCGACGGCAACAUCUUCCAGGUGUCCCUGUGCACCCAGGGCGUGACGCGCGACAAGAUGUUCCAGGGCGACGCCGACGGGAACCGGACGUUCAAAGGACACAGGGGCGUGGUGACCUGCCUGUCGGUGUCCAUGGACGGCACUCUUCUGGUGUCGGGGUCACAUGACGAGUCGGUGCGACUGUGGGACGUUCAAAGUAAACAAUGCGUGCGCUGCUUCGCCCACAAAGGUCCGGUGACAAACGCCGACAUCAUGGUGGCGCCGGCCAACAUGUUCCUGCCCGACUCAAGACCCUCCGUGCCCCUGCCGCGCUUCAGCCGCCACCUGCUGGAGAGCGACGGCGGCGGCGACGACAAGUCCGGGGACGUGUGCGUCCGCCUCGGACUCCACACUCAGGAGGAGGAGGAGACGUACGUGCAAAAGGCGGAAAGGCUCAAGUUGUUAAUGAACGCCGUGACCGACAAGUCGCUGUUCGGAGACGGCGAGAACACGAAAGUGCGAGUGGCCGAGCUGGAGGAGGAAGUUCAAACUCUGAAGAAAAUCAACAAAGAUUUGUACGACUUUUCCAGUCAGCUGCUGACAAAAUCCACGUAAACGCACAAGAUUUUUUUUUUUUUUUAUUGAAAAAUGUUUUUCAGCAACUGACAAUAAAACACAGAUGGGAAAAAAAGGCAUUUGUGUUUU